AUGUCCAUAUCUAGCAGGCCACCACCGUCGACCACCCGCCGCUGGCAACCACCACCGGCCACCACCAUUGGACACCCACCGCCGAACUCUCGUCGCCGGCCACCACCACUGGACUCUCAACGCCAGCCACCACCGCUGGCGACUCCAGCCGCCGACCACCACCAUCGGACUCCCGCCGCCGGCCACCUGCCACCACCACCGUUGGCUGCCUCCGCCCGUCGCCAGCUUGCCACCGUUUGCAAUGGACCAACUCCGUUGCCUUUAUUCACCUUUUAA